GUGUUUUUAUAUAUUUGACGUGAUCUUUUCGAAUCUUUAGUUUGCUUGCUCCAUAUUGGAGAAAUGCCGUUCAAAAGCAGUUUCACCUCCCUCGCCAGUAGUCAGCGAUUGAAGCCAAAGUUCAGCAUAGUGGAGUUAGUAUUGUAUAAUAUUGCAGCCAUGUUAGCUGGAGUUGCUUCGGGCUAUGACGUUCGAUUGUCAAACGUCUCCCCACUACAUCCCCGGUUACAACCGAACAGGUAACGUUGCUUUUUGUUC